AUGGUCGAGUACUUUACUGGCGCAGAGCUCAACUUUGCAAUUACAACACGAGUACUUGCCGUUCUGAAUUUAGCCAGAAAAGCGUGGGACAAGAAUUUUGGAAAUACUUGUGUACCAAACGAGCAAAGCAUACCUAGUCCGAAUAACGUCAAACGAGGUGCUCUCGCUGCUCAACAAAUAUAUGAUUAUAUUAUUGUUGGAAGCGGUCCAGGUGGAGGCCCCCUGGCAGCGCGUUUAGCUGUCGCUGGAUACAGAGUGCUGUUGCUCGACGCUGGUGACGACCAAGGAGCCGCACCAGAAUACCAAGUUCCGGCUCUUAAUCUUCAGUCUACUGAAUACACACCUAUGAGAUGGGAUUACUACGUCAGUCAUUACAGUGCUCUCACACAACAAAAAAGUGACUCGAAAAUGACAUACCGCACCCCAUCUGGAGAACUUUAUGUUGGACUUUCCCCCCCAAAGGGCGCUACUCCUCUUGGUAUUUUAUAUCCUCGUGCUUCAACUCUUGGAGGCUGUGGCUCGCAUAAUGCGCUCAUAACAAUCUACCCGCACAAGAGUGAUUGGACUUAUAUACAGUCUCUCACUGGUGACAAUUCGUGGGCACCGAAUGCGAUGAGAGAGUACUUCCGGCGGAUGGAGAAGGCACAGUACCUACCUAUCGGCAUUGCCGGACAUGGUUUUAGUGGAUGGUUAAAGACAAGUGUUACGAGUCUUACGCUGGUCAUAUCUGAUUUGAAACUUCUUUCACUAGUUGUUGCUACGGCAACAGCAAUGGGCAAGAGUACUCUGGGUCUUCUCAUUGGAACCAUUGCUGGACUUGGCGAAGUCUUACUUCGAGACAUCAAUGCAGAUACCGCAGACCGCGACAAGGCUGAGGGGCUUUAUCAAGUUCCUAUAGCUGUCGACGGAGGUAGCCGUAACGGUCCUCGUGAAUUUGUUUUAAGCACGGCAAAUGCAAAGAAUCCAGAUGGAAGUCGGAGAUACCAUCUUGAUCUUCAACUCAACACACUUGUCACUAAAAUUCGGUUCUCUUCUGCCGCCAAUUCAAAGCCCCGCGCAUUAGGAGUGGAUUAUCUUGUCGGCAAAUCUCUAUAUCGAGCAGACCCUCGCUCUGGAAGUGCAUCUUCGGGAUUACCUGGGAGCGUCGAUGCCACUCGUGAAGUUAUUAUCUCUGCCGGGGCUUUCAACACCCCGCAACUCCUCAAGCUUAGCGGGAUCGGACCUUCUGCUGAGCUUGCCAAAUUCAACAUUCCCGUUCUGGUGGACUUGCCAGGUGUGGGCAAAAACAUGCAGGAUCGCUAUGAGACAUCUGUGGUAGGGAGGAGCGAGACUCCUUUUUCCGUGUCGAAAGAUUGCACGUUUCUUCGAACGUCUCCAGAUCCAUGUUAUGAGAAAUGGGUGAACGGGGCCGGAGGUGGGGACCGUGGAAUAUACGCAUCCAAUGGAAUUGCACUGGCCGUCGUGAAAAAGUCAUCAUUUUCUGAUAGCGACCCUGACAUUUUGAUCACAGGCGCCCCAGCAAACUUCAUUGGGUAUUAUCCAGGGUAUUCCGUCAACGGAACGUCAGAUGCUAAUCACUGGUCGUGGAUUACUCUAAAGGCACACACUCGCAACAAAGCAGGUACAGUCCUGCUCAGAUCUGCUGAUCCCAGAGAUACGCCCCUCAUCAACUUUAAUUCCUUCAAUGAACCCCUGGGGGGCGCGAAAGAUAUUGACGCCAUUGUGGAAGGAAUGGAACUCUCUCGCAAGAUUUUCAACUCUCUCAUUCCACUCCAAGGGUCCUUUGACGAAGUAUGGCCUGGGAAGUCAAUUUCUGGCAACCUUCUCGACACAUUUGUUCGCAAUGAGGCCUGGGGGCAUCAUGCUUCAUGUACUUGUCCUAUUGGUGCUGAUUCUGACCCCAUGGCGGUCUUAGACUCAAGUUUCAAUGUGAGAGGAACCGAGGGCCUGCGGGUCGUUGAUGCUUCGGUGUUUCCGAAAAUUCCUGGAUUCUAUAUCGCAGUGCCAAUUUAUAUGAUUAGCGAGAAAGCUUCAGAUGUAAUUAUUGCAGCUGCUAAAGCUAGGGGCUCGCUCUCGCGGAGGACAAAAUAA